CAACAAGAUGGAUCCCUUCAAAGGCCUCCAAAAGCAAAGCACCGAAAAUCUACCAAACUUAUAUCACCAAAAAGACCUCGCGGAACGCAAAAUCAGACAUGCUCGUAAGAAGCUCAUAGCAUAUCAUGAUGAGAAGAAGCCUGAGAUAUACUUAGCUUAUCCCAGACACUUCCCCAUCCAAGCAAUACAGCGAGCUCGUGAACUGGAAAAGCAGUACAACAGGGAAGCGACUAAACUUGGAGGUUUCUGGGUAAACGCUUCAUCUCUAGAAUCCAAAAUCCAGCGAUAUAUUGAGAUCGUCACACAGAUCUCUCUAUCCGAAUACCAUGGCGAUCUUGUCGAAUGGCAGCGGACUGCAGAAGGGAGGAAACUGACCGAGCAGGUGCUAGCUCAGGGAUACCGUGCUGGGACGUUUCUCGAUAAGUGGUUAUUCAUUGGAACUCGGUGGCCUUGA